AUGCCGGGCCUGACCCAAAACGCAGACAACAUCGAGGACAUCGACUACUCCGAUAUCGAAGCCAAAUACAAAGUCGACUACGACGGCAGCUUCGAUAAUACGCUCAUCGUUGACGGUGUUCCUAUCAUCGACAACUCGAAACUCGAGAGACUCCUCACCAAGAUAUGCAAAGAAUUCUCUAGAAAAGGUGUGCCUGUCAAACAGGAUGACAUCUUUAUACCAUGGGAUGAAGCCACGGGCAAAAGCAAAGGAUAUCUCUUUAUGGAUUUCCGUAACGCGCACGAUGCAAACAAUGCCCUCCUGGCAAUGAAUAAUCAUCCUUUCGACGCAAAACACGUUUUCAAACUCAAUCGUUUCGAUGAGAUUGAAAAAUAUGCGAACAUGGAUGAGACUUACGUCGAACCUGAGCAAGAAGAGUACAUGCCCAGGGAACACUUGCGAGCGUGGUUGACCGACCCUCAAGGACGCGAUCAAUAUGUAGUCUAUCGCGGUGAUGAUGUUGAAAUCUUUUGGCACGGAAAACCUUCACAAUGUGAACUAGCUUAUAAACCGGACUGGAAAGACUUUUUGUACGUCUCGUGGUCUCCGCUGGGAACAUAUAUUGCUACUCUUCACCGACAGGGUGUGCGUCUCUGGGGAGGUCCAUCAUGGAAGCCUCAGCAACGAUUUGCACAUCCCUUGGUCAAACUCAUCGAUUUUUCACCUUGCGAAAACUAUAUCGUCACGUGGUCCAACGAGUCCAUUAUCGUUCCUGAUGGCAAACCUCAAGGACCUCAGUAUUUUUCUCCUGAGGACGAAGGAAACAAUCUGGCAGUAUGGGACAUCAAGACAGGACAUCUUCUUAGAACAUUUCCUACCAACUCCGGUACCGAAGGCCCUGCAGGAAAACGUCAGAUGCAGUGGCCGGCACUGAAGUGGAGUCCUGACGAUAAAUUUGUUGCAAGGGUGUCUCCUGGUCAAAUGAUCAGUGUCCAUGAAUUGCCGAGCAUGUUCCUGCAUGAAAAGAAGAGUUUGAAGAUUGAAGGUGUAGUAGAUUUUGAAUGGUGUCCACUUAGCGACAAAGAUCGGGAUGAAGUUGAAAAAGUUGCGUCUGUGGGAGCCAAAGGUGCCAAGAAGGCUCCUGAAAAUAUGAUUGCAUACUGGACUCCCGAAGUAGCAAACCAACCUGCACGCGUCACUCUACUAAGCUUCCCAGGUCGGACCAUUUUGCGCCAAAAGAAUCUUUUCAAUGUCUCGGAGUGCAAGCUCCACUGGCAAAACCAAGGGGACUUCUUGUGCGUGAAGGUCGAUAGGCAUACGAAGACAAAAAAAUCUAUUUUUUGCAAUUUGGAAAUCUUUCGAGUUCGUGAAAAAGAUUUUCCUGUGGAGGUUGUUGAGUUAAAAGACACAGUCACCGAUUUUUCUUGGGAGCCGAAAGGCGAACGUUUUGCCAUUGUUUCAACUAACGACCCGAACCUCGGCAAUCCUGGUCCUGGUAUCACAAUCAAAACAGACGUGAGCUUCUAUCAACUAGACCGUGUCAAAAAUGACUUCAAGCUUUUAAAAACGUUACCAAAUCGCACGAGUAAUGCUAUACGAUGGAGCCCUCGGGGCCGUUUCGUCGUUCUCGCUACCGUGGGCUCCUCAACCAAGUCAGAGCUUGAGUUCUGGGAUCUGGAUUUCACGCUUGAAGACCGCCGGGACGGACAGGUGGUCAAAGAAGACUGGGGAAGUAGCAUUCAGAGUCUUGGCAUCGCAGACCAUUACGGCGUGACCGACGUCGAAUGGGAUCCCAGUGGGCGUUACUUGGCCACCAGCGCUAGCGCUUGGACUCACACGUUAGAGAAUGGCUAUGCAUUAUGGGAUUUCCGCGGACAAGAGCUGUUGAAGCAAAUUCAGGAUCGUUUCAAGCAGUUCCUCUGGAGACCACGCCCCCGCACAUUGCUUACGAGAGAACAACAGAAACAAAUACGAAAGAACCUCAAAGAAUUCAGUCGGGUCUUUGAAGAGGAGGACCAGAGAGAGAGCGAGAAUGUGAACACAGAAUUGCUUGCUCUUCGUAGACGCCUUGUCGACGAAUGGAAUGCAUGGCGUGCUCGGAGUACGAAGGAACUAGCCGAAGACAAAGGCCACGACCAUGUGAAAGAGAAGCAGUCUGAGGAAGAUAAAGAGGAAAUUGAAGUAUGGGUGGAAGACAUUAUUGAACAGAUUGAAGAGGAAGUUGAAGAUUAA